AUGGCUAUUACGCAUGGCGCCGAAAGCGACGAAGCCUCUUCAGGUCUCUACACUGAAUGGCUUCAGAUGUUCCCUCCCAAGCCUAGAAGGCCUUCCGAUAUCUAUGACAUACCCAAGUCGGCUGUCGUUUCCCCAGAGGAGGAUUGCGCUUUCGAAUACAUCGACGAACAGUCAGGCGCUGAGGAACACCAAGAUACAAUGGACGAAGAUCAUCGAGAGCAAACAGAUGAGGAAGACAUGACGAUGGAAACGCUAGGCGUGGCCUGUAACGGGAACAGGGCGAUCCCGGAGGACGGUCUGAGAGAUCCCAACCUUAUAAGCAAAGUUUUCACCGACCUAGAUAGUCGAGUGAGGGGGGUAGAAGAGCAGUUUUUGGAACAGAAUGCUUGGAAUGGAAACAUGCAGCAGAGCAUGGAGACUAUGGCACAUGGUUACAACGAGAUUCAAACCCUCAAAAAGGCCAUAAGCGCGUUAGAAGACCAGGUUGCCGCCUUAUCCGUGAAUAGAGGUAGUACAGUGGAGAGGAGGCCAGGACGCCCGAAGCGACCGGCGCAGUGA